AAAAAAAAAAAGAACGCGAGCCAGUAAUAUAAAGUAUAAACCACUUCAAUUUUAUUGCUCUCAAAAAAAUACAAAAGAAAUACAAAAAUUCUUUGUUCUAAGAUUUUCUGAGAAUUGUAAAUUCAAUGGCAAGCAAGAAGAUAAAGAUGGAGAAAGACGAUGACAACAAUGAUCAAGAAUCUAAACCCACCAACUCUGCUUUGAAUCCUGUAGUUGUUGAUGAAGUUAAAACCCGAAGCCAAACUGAUGAAGGUACUGGUUUAGAACCUGAUGGUAGUGAGAAACAACAGGCACAACAGCAGCCAGUGUCAGCUACAAGGCCUACAACAAAUAGUCAAGCCUCAUCAGAUCAGUUGUCGCCUCGUUCUGAUAUAGAUCAGCCAGGAUCAAGUUCAGAUUCUGCUUCUAAUCCAGACCCAUUGCAUCAGUUGCAGCCUCAUCAUGGUUCCCUGAAUCAACCAGAGUCAAGUUCAAAACCUGUUAUUGAUCCAGCUGCAGCAAAUGAGUUUCUAUUGCAUAUGGAUUCCCUAAACCUACCUGGAGUAUUGAAUUCACCACUAGGCCGCCUAAAGCUUCGGUCACUAAUCAAUGAGUUGGGAUCUGUGACUAUAUCUCCUGAUGCAGGUAGAUUAUUUAUAUUCGCCUUACAACUGAUCUGAGGCUGUCAUGGCUUUAUGUAAGCUUAUGCUUGACAGGAUAUGGUCGUAGCUAGAGAUUUAUAUUUGUAUUUAAGCAAGUAUGUACAUAUAUAUGUUAUACUUCUUGGGAUCUGUUUGAUAGUUGAUCUGUACUAGUGUUCUCUAUUUUCAGAAAAUCUAUUGAAUAUGUUUUCUUCAUUACUGCAUACCUAGUUCUUUCUACUGGUAUAGGCGAUGGCACUCAUAAGAGAGGCAGAAGUACUUCAACUAAUGUUUUUCACUCAAGAGCUUCUCAACAUGGUGAAAACAAAGGUGAUUAUGAUAAUGCAAAGGUGCCUUCCGAUCUUUUGCCUCCUACUGGUAAAGUUGAUUCAACCAAUGUUUUUCAUGGUCUUGGUGAUUACAGAAGUCAAAUUCAAUAUAUAAAUGCUGAGAUAAAUUUGAGGCAGACAGUAUCAGAAGAAAAUAUGCAGGAAAUGAUUACUUCAGUUGAUCGAUUGCCUUCUACUGGUAUAGUUAUUCAUGAGGGAGGUGGAAGUACUUCGAGUAAUGCUUUGCUCUCGGGAGCUCAAGAUGGUGAAAACAAAGGUGAUUCUGAUAAUGCAAAGCCGCCUUGUGUUCUUCAGGCUCAAGGAACUGGGAGUGGUCCUGGUUCGACCCCAGGAAAUACCACUGCUGGUGAUGAGUCCAACAGACCGGUCAGCAUAGCUGCAGGGGAAGUGUUAUCUGCAACUGAUACCGACAUGUUAGAGUCUACUACUGAAUCAGAAGAAAUACAAGGUGAAAAGGAGAAAUCUGAUGCAUUCCAAGAUGGCAACACUCCAGGAAAUUCUAGUGCACGAUAAUAUUUCAGUUGAAGGUCUUGAGGCUUUCUUGGGUGAUCUCUUUCACUUGUUGGAACCCUAAUCGGUUGAUAAUAUUUCAAAUUUGUAGCUGUAUUUCAUGAUGUCUCUAGCCGAAUUCAUACUGUUCUAAUGCUACCAGAUGGAAUUGGCUGAAAUUUUUUACAGGAAGUCAUAAGUAUAUAUAGGAGAGUAUACAAAAGCAAGUAGCUAGUAGUACAGUAUAUAGUACAGGAUCUAUCAACCAUUUACAUGAUUUUUUUUACUGUAAAUAAGCAGGUGUUAUUAGCACUGUUGUUUGUCAAGGAAUAAUGAGUCUUUUAGAAUGUAAUACAUAGAAAAGAAAACAAGGAUGUAGAUAACUCUCAAUUAGCAUGUAUGGUAAAA